AUGGGCCUCCACCACACCAAGGACUCCAGAGUCAAAAAAGGCAAUAUAUUAAUGUUAGGACUUGAUUAUGCAGGAAAAUCUACGCUAUUGUACAGGUUAAAGCACAAUGAUGAUUUUCUAACAAUUCCAACGAUUGGCUUUAACGUCGACAUGAUUGAAACGCAGAAAGAUUUUACAUUAACCUUUUGGGAUGUUGGAGGACAACAAAAAAUGAGGCAGCUUUGGGGUGACUUCAUGGAAGAUACAGAUGGGCUUCUGUAUGUUGUGGAUAGUGCUGAUAAUCAACGGCUGGAAGAAUCGAAGAAAGAACUUGAACGUGUUUUAAGGAGUGAAUUUAUAAAAAACGUACCAGUAGUUCUGCUAGCAAACAAGCAGGAUUUGCCUGGAGCUUUGAAUGCUGAGGAAGUUACCAGGAAAUUCAACAUGAAGAAGUACUGCAGUGACAGAAAUUGGUAUGUACAACCCUGCUGUGCCAUCACGGGAGAAGGCUUGUCAGAAGCUCUCAAAAGAGUAACUGCAUUUGCAAAAAUACACAGGAAAUCAAAGGAUACUUCUACAAUUUUUAAGCAAAAUGAAAAACUUUAA